CUGCCAGCAGCUGUGACACAGUCCUCAACAGACAAAGAAAUGAGAAAAAUACCAAAUAAUGGGAACCUGAAGAUGACGAAAGUGGCGUACCCUUUGGGGCUGUUUGUGUGCCUGUUCAUCUACAUUGUCUACAUCAAGUGGCACUGGGCCUCAGUCACCCAGGCCUUCUUUAGCAUCACUGAGGUGGCCACAGGGGCCCGGAGAGGCCAGCAGACCCGAGAUCCCCUGGAGACGGUUGCACAUGGUCACAAGGUCUUCUACGGCAUCAUGUUUGACGCGGGAAGCACUGGCACCCGAGUGCAUAUCUUCCAGUUCACCUGGCAACCUGGAGGUAUCCUUCCCAAGGCAGAAAGUCCUGGCUCUGCACUCUCUGUCUCUCACAGCAGAGCUCUUGGAAUUACCUCCCCUUGCAUUUCAGCCUGGAUCACUGUCAACUUCCUAACAGGCAGUUUGAAAACCGCAGGAAGCAGCAGUGUGGGCAUGCUGGAUUUGGGCGGAGGGUCCACUCAGAUCACCUUCCUUCCUAGAGUCCAGGGUAGCAGCCAGCAUGCACUGGGACAUCUCCUUACCCAGGGUUUUCUUUUCCACAGCUACCUGGGGCUUGGAUUGAUGUCAGCACGGCUGGCGAUUCUGGGCGGCGUAGAGGGGAAACCUGUGAACCUCCACCAGCUGUGUGCCAGCAGAGUGUCAGAAAUCCUUCAAAGUAAAGUGCACAGAACGGAAGAAGUGAAGGAUGUGGAUUUUUAUGCUUUUUCCUAUUAUUACGACCUUGCAGCAAAUGUUGGCCUCAUAGUGUGCCGGAUGGCGGAGACCCAACCACAGAGCAACCCCUUCAUGUGUAUGGACCUCACCUAUAUCAGCUUGCUGCUCCAAGAAUUCGGCUUCCCGAGGAACAAAGUGCUAAAG